ACCGUCUCCACCGUCGCCGCUCGGCAGCACUGGAACUCAGGAGGACGCUUUUUAGUAAGUCCUGUAACUUGUAUGGACAUGUUAACGAGUGAGUUGUCCGAACUGUGACCGGUUCAUGCGGAAAAGGGACGCUGAGAGGUCAUCUGUUCACACCGUAAAAGUUAGGACUUUGUGAGGGUGGACCAACCUGCCUUCCAGAUGUCCCGAGAACAGCAGGUGGUGGAUCGGACCAGAAGGGCCUUUCGCACCGGGAGGAGCAGACCUCUGGAGUUCAGGAUCCAGCAACUGAAAAGGCUAUGGAGCUUCAUCAAGGAGAGACAGGAGGAGAUCUGCGAGGCUCUGAGGAGGGACCUUGGCAAGAGUGAGCUUGGGUCAGAACUGUACGAGUUACUGGUUCUGGAGGCAGAGCUCAAGUUGGCCAUUAGCAGACUGGCGGAGUGGGCGGCUCCUCGGCCGGUAGAGAAGAACCUUCUCACUUUAACAGCUGAGGUUUAUGUGAAGCCUGAGCCCUUGGGAGUGGUCCUCAUCAUCGGGACCUGGAACUACCCCUGGCCCCUCACCCUGCUGCCCCUGGUGGGGGCUAUUGCUGCAGGCAACGCGGCAAUCAUAAAACCAUCUGAGGUCAGCUCCAACUCCUCUAAGGUGAUGGAGGAACAUCUCUGUCACUAUAUAGACCAGGACCUGUACCCGGUGGUGGCUGGCGGAGUACAAGAGACCCAGGAGCUGCUGAAGCAGAGGUUUGAUCACAUCUUCUACACCGGCAGUACCGCUGUGGGGAAACUGGUGAUGGCAGCUGCUGCUCAGCACCUGACCCCAGUGACCCUGGAGCUGGGGGGGAAGAGUCCCUGCUAUAUCGACAGGAACUGUGACAUCGCUACAGCCUGUCGACGAAUCACGUGGGGAAAGUUCAUUAACUGUGGCCAGACCUGCAUCGCUCCAGACUACAUCCUGUGUGAAUCCUCCAUCCAGACCAGGGUGUUGGAGGAGAUAAAGAAGUGCAUCCAGGAGUUUUUUCAGGGUGAUCCAAAGAACAGCUCUGACUACGGACGCAUCAUUAACCAGCGUCAGUUUGACCGACUGGUGGGUCUGAUGGAGGGCAGCGUGGUGGCGCUGGGAGGAGAUGUGGAUGAAUCCCAGUUCUACAUUGGUCCCACCGUGCUGAAGGAUGUAACGGGGGAUUCCAGAGUGAUGACGGAGGAGAUCUUUGGACCACUUCUGCCCAUCGUCACAGUGAGCGGCCUGGAGGAGGCCAUCCAGUUCAUUAACGACCGCGAGAAGCCGCUGGUCCUCUACGUCUUCUCCAAUGAUCAGAAGCUGAUUCAGAGGGUGAUGUCAGAGACGUCUAGUGGAGCUCUGCUAGCCAAUGACUGCAUGGUUCACUUCAUCGACAACGCUCUGCCGUUCGGAGGAGUGGGUCACAGUGGACUGGGUCGGUACCGUGGCCGCCACAGCUUCGAUCAGCUCAGCAACCUGCGCAGCUGCAUGGUCAAAAGGCUGCAUCUGGAGGGAGUCAACAGCAUGCGCUACCCUCCCCACACCGCCAGGAGGCUGGGCUGGGCUCGCUUCUUCCUGCUGACACACAUCAACACGCUCGGGCUGUACUUCCUGUUGGCCAUGUUGGCUGGUCUGGCGGCGCUCAUGGUGCAGACGUACCUGUGAUGAGACUGAGUGAUGCUGGUGAGCUGAGCUUUGUCCCCAUCAGGAGGACGGGGGACCAACUCUUGCCCAGUGGAGAGCCAGAGGACUCCUAGGACUUCCUGGUCUACAUCAGUGUACAUCUUGGGCUGAUUAUCGCCUCAGAGACGUUUGCUGCACCAAACUUUUACUGGUUUUAUGGAGUCAUCUAUAAAUCGUAUUGAUUCAUGUCAGUUUUUACUUUCAUAAUUAAUAAAACAAGGUGAUUUUUUUUUCUGAAUAAAAGCCGAACU